CUGAUGUCAUUGUUCAGUGUAGAUUAGUUCAGAAACCGUAUCUAAUUUGGGCCUCCCGCAUUUUAAACCCGUGGGUAGAAAUACGUUGAAAAAAUCCGCCAUCGGAUAGGCAGUCAAAGACCGACAAGAGCUAGGACAUCCACACCCCUCAUCAUCACAUCCACCGUGGCUGCAUUGCCAGGAACUUUCCCUCAUCUCAUAUCUGCAUUCUGUUAAGAGCCACAUAACGAACCCCACUGUGCCGCCCACCAUGACCGAACCCACCCCCCUCCCCAACGCUGCCUCCCACCUCUCCGCCCCGGAAAUCCGCGCCCUCUUUGCCAACCACUUCGGUGCCACCCACGGCGAGGAACGCGGCCGCAAAUGGGACGAGCUCUGGCAGAACAACUUCACACCGUGGGAUCAGGGCGAGCCCAACCCGGCUCUCGUCGACCUGGUUGACAGCUCCCAUCCGAAGAAUUCGUGCAUUCCGGGGCCGGUCGUGCUGGAUGGGCAGGGGAAUGUUGUUAGGAGACGACGGGCGCUCGUGCCGGGGUGUGGGAAGGGUUACGAUGUGCUUUUAUUUGCGGCGAAGGGGUAUGAUGCGGUGGGGUUGGAGUAUUCGGCGAAGGCGGUGGAGCAGUGUGAGGCGGAGAGGAGGCGAUCGGAGGAGAAUGGGUGGGAGGUCUACAAAGCGGGUCAGUACGGGAAGGGACGUGUGAUGUUUUUGGAGGGAGACUUCUUUGCGAAGGAGUGGCAGAAAGACCAGCAGUGGGAUUUAAUUUACGAUUACACUUUUCUCUGCGCGAUGGAGCCGUCGAUGAGACCCGCAUGGGCGAGGCGAAUGAGCGAACUGCUGACAAGGGACGGAAGGCUGGUGUGCUUGGAGUUUCCAUUAUACAAAGACACUACUUCUGGCGGUCCACCAUGGGGACUCACUCCGGGAAUAUACGCCGCACAUCUUGGGCAUCCCGGGUUAGACAUCCCAUACGGUGAAGAUAGAAAGCCGGAUGAAGACGAGGUGAAGAAGCUGGGAUCAGGGGAAGUAUCGCCGCUUGAGCGAACAGAGCACUGGCAACCGGAUCGAACUUUCAAACUUGGUCAAGGAACGGAUUACUUGAGCAUAUGGAAGAAAGUGGAUUGAGAAGCCCGAUGGGGGAUGGGAAUCACGAGGAGCGGCAAGCGAGGUGUUUGCAAGUGUUUUUAUUGGAUUCUAAGCAUAUGGCUUGCACUCCUUC